CCCUUAAGAAAAGCCAGAGGAAGAAGCAAACAAAUCUAGAAAUAACUGAGGUAGGGAAGAAAAAGGUCUCAAAAGUCCAGGCUUGGAAGCAGUAGACUGCCCGCACCCACACCGACAUCCGUGGGGUGGAGACCUCGGAAAAGGGCUCCAUCAGGGGGAAAGAGGUAGCGGCACUAACAGAGAGAUUGGUUAUGAAGGGAUUUCAGUCACACCUCCGCGCUCAGCAUAGACUGAUACGGAGGGAACACAGGGACGAGGAGUAAGCUAAAAGGUCGAGAGAGGACCCCAAGGCCACGCCUCCGUCUCCGCGGUGGUCCGACUGCGCGUGAUCAGACUCGAUGUCACGUGAGCUCGAUGGGGGAGGUGGAGAGGGAAAGAAGAGUUAGCGGCCCUGUCAGAGUCACGUGGUGGGCUUGCGCCUGAGGUGGGCGGGGCUGCCCUUCCCUGAGUGAGCUGGGCAGUCCUCCGAGGGGAAGUUUGAGGUGCUCCGGAGGGCGCCUGGUUGCGGAUCUCCUGGACCAGUCAGGCUACACUUGAAUCUAGAAACAGCAUAGCCAUCUCAGAUGUAAGUUAUGGAUAUGGAAGGAAUGCCACGUUCCUGGCGCUUCAAUUGGCUGAUUUUUGGAGGAUGUAGUGUUGCUGUCUUAAUGAUAUUUGCUCUCUUGGGGGCUUCCUUUCUCCAUGUAUCAGUUGUGAUUCCAAGAGAAUCCAGAGACAUCUCAGCACAGCAAGGCAUCUAUAGGGCUGAAAAGGAGGCAACAGGGAAGUCCUGGGCCCAGCCCCAUCAGGAGUUUCAUAAAAACUCCACUGGAACUCCUUUGUAUUGUAACAUCUCCCCUGAUUACCGCUUUGACUGUGCUCCAGAAAAGACCCUCACUCAGGAGCAGUGUGAAGCCCGAGGCUGCUGCUAUGUUCCAGUAACUCAGCAGGGAUUCUCCCAAAUAUGGACGCCAUGGUGCUUCUUCCCACAAAGUUACCCAAGCUACAAAUUGGAGAACCUCACCACCACUAAGACAGGCUACACUGCAACUCUAACUCGUACAGUACCUACCUUCUUCCCUAAGGACAUCCUAACCCUGCAUUUGGAGGUGCACAUGGAGACAGAAAGCCGACUGCAUUUUACAAUCAAAGAUCCUUCCAAUCAGCGGUAUGAGGUUCCCAUGGAAACCCCUAAAGUCAAUACCAGGGCUCCUUCUCCUCUCUACAGUGUGUCAUUUGAGGCCAAUCCCUUUGGUUUGGUCAUAUUUAGGAAGUCAAAUGGAAUGGUCUUGUUAAAUACAACCAUUGCUCCCCUGUUCUUUGCUGACCAGUUUCUCCAGAUUACUACCUCCCUUCCUUCCCACUAUAUUACUGGCCUUGGGGAACACCAGACAUCCCUAAUACUCAGCACCAACUGGACCAAGAUCACCUUCUGGAACAGAGACCUACCACCUGUGCCUGGGGCCAAUCUGUAUGGUUCCCACCCUUUCUACCUAUGCCUGGAGGAAGGAGGUUUGGCCCAUGGGGUCUUCCUACUGAACAGCAAUGCCAUGGAUGUAGUAUUACAGCCAAGACCUGCCCUGACCUGGAGAGCAAUAGGAGGCAUACUGGAUUUCUACAUCUUCCUGGGGCCAGAGCCAAAGAGUGUGGUUCAGCAGUACUUGGAAGUUAUUGGAUACCCAUUUAUGCCACCUUACUGGGGUCUGGGCUUCCACCUGUGCCGAUGGGGCUACUCCUCCACCACCAUCACUCGACAGGUGGUAAAGAACAUGACAGCAGCUAACUUUCCCCUCGAUGUCCAGUGGAAUGACUUAGAUUACAUGGAUGCCAAGAGGGACUUUACUUUCAACAAGGACAACUUCUCAGAUUUUCCAGCCAUGGUACAGGAGUUUCAUCAGAGUGGCCGGCGUUACGUCAUGAUUGUGGAUCCAGCCAUCAGCAGCACUGGCCCCCCUGGGAGCUAUAGACCCUACGACGAAGGUCUGAGAAGAGGAGUAUUCAUCACCAAUGAGACAGGGCAACCUCUGAUUGGGAAGGUUUGGCCUGGGGAGACGGCUUUCCCUGAUUUCACCAAUCCACAUACCCGGGAUUGGUGGUAUGACAUUGUGGAGGAGUUCCACACUCAAGUACCCUUUGAUGGCAUGUGGAUUGACAUGAAUGAGCCAUCUAACUUUGUUACAGGCUCUGUGGAAGGUUGCCCCAACAAUGAGCUAGAAAAUCCUCCCUAUGUGCCAGGUGUGAUUGGAGGUACCCUGAGGGCAGUAACCAUUUGUGCCUCUAGCCAGCAAUACUUGUCUUCCCACUACAAUCUGCACAAUUUGUAUGGGCUGACUGAAGCCAUUGCCUCCCAUGAUGCCUUGGUGAGGAUUCGGGGAAAGCGUCCCUUUGUGAUAUCUCGAUCUACCUUUGCUGGCCAUGGCCGUUAUGCUGGCCACUGGACAGGAGAUGUGUCUAGUACCUGGGAGCAGUUGUACUACUCUGUGCCAGAGGUGCUACUCUUUAACUUGUAUGGGGUACCUUUGGUGGGAGCAGACAUCUGUGGCUUUGUAGGAAGUACUUCAGAGGAACUGUGUGUGCGAUGGACCCAGCUGGGAGCCUUCUAUCCUUUCAUGCGGAACCAUAAUAACAAAUACAACCAGCCCCAGGAGCCAUAUGUGUUCAGUGAAGAGGCGCAGCAAGCUAUGAGAAGAGCCUUUACUUUGCGCUACAUGUUCCUCCCCUAUCUCUAUACCCUGUUCCACAAAGCCCAUUCUCGUGGAGAGACUGUGGCUCGACCUCUCUUUUUGGAGUUUCCCUUGGACAGUAACACCUGGACACUGGACCGUCAGUUCCUUUGGGGAGAAGCUCUCCUUAUUACUCCAGUACUUGAAGUUGGCAAGAUCGACGUGAAUGGCUACUUUCCCUCAGGCACAUGGUACCCCCUUAUGGAGGUACCAAUGGAGCCUCUUAUUGACUCAUCACCUUCAUCUCCUGCUCUCCAAAGCUCGGUCAUCCACAGCAAAGGACAGUGGUUCACCCUGCCUGCACCACUAGAAGUGAUCAAUAUUCACCUUCGGGCUGGUUACAUUCUUCUACUGCAGGAUCCUGGAUUAACCACCACAGAGUCCCGCAGUAAACCAAUGACCUUGAUUGUGGCCUUAACUCCAAGUGGCAUGGCCAAGGGGGAACUGUUCUGGGAUGAUGGAGAGUCUCUUGGGACACUGGAAUGGGGUCACUAUACCCAAAUCAUGUUCUUGGCUAACAAUAAUGUUAUUCUCAAUGAUCUGGUACAAGUGACUAGUGAGGGCACUAGUCUGAAACUGAGAAAAGUGACUGUUCUAGGGGUGACCACCAACCCCAAGCAGGUCUUCUCUAAUGGUGUCCCAAUCUUCAACUUCUCCUACAACGCUGACACUCAGAUCCUGGACAUCCCUGUGUCAUUGUCAGUGGCAGAGCAGUUUCUUAUCAGCUGGUCCUAACUAGAAGGGACACUGGUCUGUUUUAAUUCUUUUCCCUUUUUGAGGGAGAAGAAAACUCAAAGAAAUCCAUUUUUCCUGCUAGACCAGGAGAUGUCCUGUACUUGGAUAGUUGUGUUGCUGCUUAGGGAGAUAAGGCAAGUUACUCUACAUUUGAAGUUCAGCUUAGCCUUUUGAUGAUGACUCAUGUCUUUUUUUAAUCAAUGUUUUUCAAUAAAAAAGCAUUUCUUUUCUCUUCCUUCCACCUCACGUCUCCCAUAGAAAGAAAGAAGCAAAAGAAAGCUUUCAUAACAAAUAUGCAUAGUCAAGCAAAACAAAUUCCCAUAUUGGCCACGUCCAAAAUGCCUCUUAUUCUGCAUAAUAUAAUAAGUCAAUCCAUCAUCUCUCUGUCUGGCUGUGGGUAGCAUUCUUCAGCAUCCAUCCUUUGUAUGGAUGUUUUAUUCUAUAAUGUGGUUUAGUAUCCUGAUCCCAGGUUUUACUUUUUGACACUGUUUAAAUAAUGUCUUUGAGAGUAAAGAAUUGCCCAUCUACAAGUAAAGCCCUUACCCUGCACCCAACAUCACUAGCUUGGCAUAGCAUAUAUAGUUAAACCAGACGUGAUUAUCAGGAAAGGCAGUGCUCUGAGAUCUCAUGUUUUGUCUUCAGAUCUGAUGUUUGCCAGAAAUUUGGCCAUUACAUAUACUAAAGGACUAAGUUGGAUGGAUAUUCCUUUUGCCAACUAUUCUCUGGUGUCGUAGAGGUUGUGACAGUCAUGAAAUUUGGCCACAAUGGUAGUGGUUCUUCCAGCUAUUAGUUGGGCUCUGGCUCUAAACAGCUGUUUUUAUCCAGUUCAUGGAGCUCAGGGAAUUCAGGUUAAUUUAUAAAACCAUGGUAAUCAAUUGUCUUGAAGUUCAUUUGUUUCUAAUAAAAGAUAUUUUGAAUUAAA